CCCGAACGCACCCGUAGUCAGUGAUUAGGAGCAUUAGGAGCAUGCGGGGCAUGGCAACUGGCAACGCGAAAACUCACUAAAAAAAUGAUAAUAAACAACGAGAAUGAAUAGCUUAGGAUUAAAUUUAAUUUUAAAAAUGGGUUGUAUUUGUACUAAGGAGAUCAUUACGGUAAACUUGAGAAAAUAUAAAGUCUGCGAACAACUUGGAGACGGGGGAUUUAGUACAGUAGUUUUAGUUGAGGAUGUUAUUACACACAAAAAGUAUGCGAUUAAAAGAAUUAUUUGUCAUGGCCCAGAAGAUCAGCAAUUAGCAGCGAAAGAAGUUGAGUAUUAUAAAUUGAUAAAGCAUCCUAACGUUAUAGAAUGUAUAGAUUCGUCCUGCAACGGCAUGGCAGACCCAGUUGUAAAUACAACAAGUAAAAUAUUAAUUGUUUUACCAUAUUAUCACAAAGGAACUUUAGCGAAUGAUUUAGAACGACGAGCAAGGAAUUGUGAUUACAUGAGUUCUGCGGACAUUCUUAGGAUGUUUUUACAAAUCUGCGAAGGUGUAAAGGCAUUUCAUGAGGCUAAACCAGAACCACUGGCUCACAGAGAUUUAAAAACUGCAAAUAUAGUACUUAGCGAUGAUGGAACACCUGUUAUUAUGGAUUUAGGAUCUGUAACAACUGCCAGAGUUCAAGUAUGUGGUACUCAAGCUGCACGGACUUUACAAGACUUAGCCGCUGAAAGAUGUUCCAUGCCGUAUAGAGCUCCAGAAUUAUUUAACGUUGAGAGUUAUUGUAUGGUUGAUGAACGAACAGAUAUUUGGAAAUAUAGAAGUGGUGGGAAAUAUCAAAGUGUUUUCAGAAAGAGAGAAGGAAAGGAAACAAAUUAGAGAGAAAAGGAGAGAGAGAGAGAGAGAGACAUAAAGAGAAGGAAGGAAUAAGAAUAAAAAUAAAUUUUAACAGUUUGCGUACUUUACGCAUCUGACAAAGCAUGAAUUUUAUUAGAAGGAGAGAAGAAAAAAGAUUCGAGAGAGAGAGAAAGAGAGAGAAGGAGAUGAAACAAAAAGAUAAAAUAUCAGGUAAAGUUUGUUGUGUAAGGAAAGGUAUUUAACCAUUUCGUCAGCAGGCGUCACUGUUCGUGUCCCUGUGGGCAAGAAAAAAAAGUAAUCGUAAUUUAAAGAUACUUUGUGUCUAAAAGCUUUCGGGGUCGCUGAUUACGAAUCAGACAUCAGAAUUUUAAAAUUCAAAAUGGCGGAUCUAAUAUGGCGGACUGAAAAUAUUUUAAUUUAAUUUAUUUGGAUAAAAUUCAUAAUACAGGGGUUUUUAAAUUGCUAAAUUUGGUUUAUUUUGGGUCCGCCAUUUUGAAUUUUGGAAUUCGAACCUUGGAUUCAUAUUCAGCGACACAAAACCUUUGGAUAUCAAUUUUCAUGCAAAUCGAUCCAGCCAAUUGAAAAAUAAACGAUGUGUGCGCCAUAUGGCGUUAAUGUCUCCUGGUGCACACAUAUUUUCCGCGCCAUAUGGCGUCAAUGCCGACGAAGUGGUUAAGAAUUGUUUGUUAUAAAAGAUUAGGAAAUAAAGUAAGAAAUAACAUUAAUUUGACAGUUCACGUACUUUUCAGGAAAGAGAUAGAUAAAUAAAUAUAUAGA